AUUCAACUAAACCCCAGCUAAUUUCAUUAAGGAACCUGAUCUUUUUAUCUCUGAUCUCUAUAAAUCCCCCUGACUUGCCCCUAGCAACGAUACUCUCAACACAUUUCAUGAUAUCAAGUCAGCAGCCAUUCAUGAAAUCUAAAUAAAACAGGUGUGUCGUAUUGUGCAGGCAUAAAGAGUGGUCCAAUGGAAGAAAUAUGUGAAAAUGGAGGAUUCGUACCUAUUAAGAAAGCAGAUCCCAUCUUUGUUCAGCCGCUCAAGAUAAAAGCCCACCAAGAUGAGUUCUAUUUCUUGUCCAACCUUGACCAGAACAUUGCUGUCAUAAUCGAAACGACCUACUGUUUCAAGCCAGGUGAGAAGAAAAGCAGUGAUAGUGCUGCUGGUGUUAUCAAGAAAGCCCUGGAAGAAGUUUUAGUCGACUUUUACCCGCUUGCAGGGAGCUUGACAGUAAGCUCUGAUGGGAAGCUCGUUGUGAAGUGCACGAACCAGGGCGUGCCCUUUGUUGAAGCUGUGGCAGACUGUGACAUGGAGGUGCUGGGUGAUAUUACGGUUCCUAAUCCAGCAGUGUUACGAAAGCUUGUUUACACGGUUCCUGGAGCCAAGAACAUAUUAGAAAUGCCUCUGCUUACUGCACAGGUGACAAGGUUCAUGUGUGGAGGUUUUGUACUCGGAAUAACAAUUAACCAUGGUAUGACUGAUGGAAUAUCAGCCAUGGAGUUUGUGAAUUCAUGGGCAGAAACAGCAAGGGGCAUCCCUCUCACUGUUCCACCAUUUCUAGAUAGAACAAUACUAAGAUCAAGACAAGUUCCGACCAUCAAGUACACCCACAACGAAUACUUGGGGAUAGACGACAUAUCGAAUAUAGGAAGUCAGUAUCAAGAAGAGAAGAUGGUGUACAAAUCAUUCCAAUUUGAUCCUGAGAACUUAUCAAGGUUGAAGAAACUAGCAAUGGAGAAUGGAAAUGUUCAAAGUUGCACAACCUUCACAGUGCUUACGGCCCUCAUCUGGCGUGCCCGCACUGAAGCACUCAAGAUGAAACACGACCAAGAAACCAAGCUCUUGUUUGCCGUGGAUGGAAGAUCCAAGUUCAAUCCACCAUUGCCAAAAGGCUAUUUUGGCAAUGGGAUUGUUCUAACAUGUUGUCUUUGCACUGCAGGUGAAUUAACUGAAAAACCACUAUCUUUUGCGGUAGAACUUGUGCAAAAUGCGAUCAAAAUAGUCAAAGAGGACUUCAUCCGAUCAACCAUCGACUACUUUGAAGUAACCAGAGCAAGGCCUUCUUUAACUGCCACUCUUUUGGUAACUUCCUGGACUAGACUCUCCUUUGACACUACGGACUUUGGCUGGGGAGAGCCAGUGCAGACAGGUUGUGCGAACUUACCCGAAAAAGAAGUGGCUUUGCUUCUCUCUAGCCGCAAGGAUAAGGACACCACCUUGCUUCUAGGCCUGCCAGCUUCUGCCAUGAAGACUUUCCAGGAGUUUAUGCAAGUUUAGUACAAUAUUAGGUCUAUGAGAUAAUAGAGUGAUAUUUGUUUCAGUGAUAAGAAUCCUAAAAUUCGAAUACAUAGUAAGUUUAAUAAAAAUAGGAGUG